AAAUUUAACCAAGAUCUCAAGUAAUGGCAUACUAUGUAUCCAUCAUCAUCAUCAUCAUCAUCAUCAUCAUCAUCAUCAUCAUCAUCAUCAUCAUCAUCAUCAUCAUCAUCCCCAAUGUAGCCAGUAACUACGGCUAUUCAACCCAAGCACAACCCAGCUUCAAACACCAUGUAUGCACCAUGUAUGCAAAUCCGAUACCAUCACCGACAUCACAGAGCCAGAUCAUCGAUAACAUCCGAUGUGGUGUUGCCGAAAGACUUCCCCUUUCUAAGCGGUAUAGAGAUCGGAAAUAUGACCCGUGACAAGUAAGAGAUAAAAAUCCGGAACGAGACAUCUCAAGUGUUAUGCUAAUGGUAAGACAGAAAGCAUGGAUUCGAGUUGCG